GCCAUCGUUAAGGUUAUCAAUUUCAGCCAAAGAUGGCGCUCUCUCCACUGGCUGGGUAGUAUACACUGAGCACCAGAAGAAGAAAAUAAGAUGAAGGAAGGAAGUACAGGUAAAUAAUGACAGCUCAGAAGGCUGAGCCGGUAAGUUUUAGUUGAAUAAUUUCAAGCCAAUAACGUGUCGUCAGUGGUAUCACCCUAAUGGCGGAGUUCGACGAGAGCAACGGUCGCGAAGCUGAAGAACGUGAAGGGACAAACGGCAGGAAUGCCCCUGAGCUCGCGUGUGGGACCGGUGACCCCGCGUUGACAGUCCCUCGGGAGCUGUGGCCAUCGAAUCAUGACCAGAGGAAAAAGUUAGUCCUGCACAUCGACCUCAACAACACCAUACUGGUGUCGGACACCGUGAUAGCUCAGGGGAUAGAAGCUGCCCUGGACCAUUUCCUCUCGACUGUCACCUGGGGAAAGAUGAGCAAAAAAGGAAAGUGGGAAUGGCUGAGUGACUCGGCCUCCCUGCUUCCACCGUGCGAUGAUGCAGUUAGUUACCACUCUCAUUUUGGAAAGAUAGCAGGUUUCACCUCCGCUGCAGGGAGACGUUUCCGCGGGAUUCUGGAUGAACAUCUGGAGCUGCUGCGCUGGCCUGAGGGCACCAAGGGAGACCGAGAGCUGUCUGUAAAAGGAGAGGGUGGGCAACUGUACCACUGGAUCCUCCCCUCCUUCUUCCAGCUGCUCAAAGACCUGGUGCAGGAAGGAAGGGAGUUUGCCAUCAUUUUCCGUUCGUUUGGAAGCGACCUACCUCGUGUGCUGAGCGCGGUCUCCAGAGUGCUGAAUGAAGGGGCCCAUCCGCUGUUCCCUGAUCUGCCCGAUCUCAAGUUAAAUGUGAAUACGACUCCGGGCAAGAUCCGCUGCAGCAGGAGGGGAAUCGUCGUGAGCCGCGCCAAGGAAAGCAUUUCCACUCGUGAUGGAGAAAGAAGCCUGUACCAGUACUUCAGCUCAGUCCAGGGCCUGGGGGGCUUUCAGGACCACUAUGACUGGUGGGCCACUAACACCUUCUCCAUCCGCGGGGGGAAGCCGUUGUGGGUCGACCCCUUUGACCAACACGUUCAGCACAUCUUCAUAGACGACCACAUCCGGCAGGACGAUGAGCAUACCAUUGUUCAUCCCAAGGUUUUCCUGGACCCAGGUGGCACUGAGACUCGUACAGCCUGCACCUCUGAGCUUUAUGACAUCACACUGGUCCAGACCGACCUCCUUCGGGCCAUUUCUCACCCAAGCUACUUCACUCAGCGCGUCCACAUCUGUCUGGAAAACUACGAGAGGAAUCUCCAGCAGGGGGCAGACUAGAACACCGCUCAACUGUAUGUCUGUCUCUGUGACAACCUCCAGUUUAGGGUUCCAUUAACCCAGACACUACAGCACAGACAGGGGAUGCAGAUACGCUGGACUGUAGGUAUGGCUAUUAAACACAAAGGUUGAUGACUUAUUGAAGAACCGCAGUUCAUCAAACCACAAAUGCAAGAGGUUUACAUACGGGUGAGGGUUACAGGAAUAAACUACUACUCGGUGAGAGUUGGUGAAAGGAAGUCAGCUUGUACAAAGAUCACUUCACAUAUAGAUUGUACUGUCUGCUGUCCUAAGGUGAACCACCACAAAAGAAGAGUUCUUGGCUUGAUUAAGCACUAAAGACUCUUUAGUUGCAUCGAAGGCUCUGUUACUAAUCACGCCACGGGAUAAUUGCCCUGACUCUGAAAUUUGUGUCAGACAGCAUAAUUGGGGUCAGAUACGGUGAGAAAACCCUUCAAGUGUUGCGUUAUUUGUCUAGCGAGUAGAAUCCCCCAGGGUUUUGCUCUUUCAUUUGUCAUCCUCAGGGUGUGACACUUUCAUUUAGCUUCUCCCGGAGAGCGUUUUUCCUUUGUUGGACAUUGUCAGCAUUGUUUACAUCCACUCACAACUCAAAGGUAAUACUUGAAUAUGUGCAGAUGGCUGAAAAAGAUACCUCAAAGCAUACUAUACUCUAUAAA